AUGAGUGGGGCAGGAAAACCAGAUUUCUUCUACAGAGAGGCUCAACGCCUGGGUUAUGUGGCUCGCUCCGCCUUCAAGCUACUUCAGAUACAGAAGCAGUACAAGCUCAUAACACCUGGCUCCUCUGUUCUGGACCUUGGUUGUGCUCCUGGUGCUUGGCUUCAGGUGGCUUGCCAGAGCUUGGGUCCUGUAAAAAGUGGUGGUCUUGUUGUUGGGAUUGAUCUCAAGAAGGUGAAGGUUCCAGCUGCUCACUGUGAUUCGAGAGUUCAAACUCUUUGUGCUGACGUGAUGAAACUCCCCAAAGCCCAAGUCAGGGAACUCUCUCCACAGCAGAAAGGGUUUUCUGUGAUACUCUCGGAUAUGUGUCCCCUCGUUUCUGGGAUCACUAGUAAAGAUGCAGCUUUAUCGCUCGAGUUAGGCACGCAAGCACUGGAUUUGGCUGUUGGUGGAGCUGCCUUAGCUCAUCCCAAAAAUGAAAUUCAAAUGGAGGAAAGUAAUGAUGGGGCAAUUACAAGUUCAGAUGUUAAUGGUGUAUUGCGAAGAGGAGGCCAUCUUGUGAUAAAGCUUUUAGAGAGCGAGGAUGUGCAAGAAUUCAGCCGGAUUUGCAAACUACUGUUUAGAAAGGCAUCAUUGUUGAGGCCUAAAGCUACAAGACCAUCAUCAAGAGAGAUUUAUGUGAUAUGUCAAGGUCUGCAGUCACAGGCCAAGAUAUAG